AUGGAAUCGUAUCGCGGUCCAGAUAAUCUUAGCUACGGAAUUUUCCUUCGUCCAAGGGAACUGUACCUGUUCGUGGAGUUCGCCGAAGGCGAUGUAAGAAGUGUGGAAGAGAGCAGCGAUGAAUGUCCGAGAGAAAUGUGUGACAACUUGCCGGAAAAUUUUGAGGAUACGGUUUUUAGAAGAAUAAAUGGUUCGCAAGGUUUAGAACCGAAGCUUUACUGCCGCACUACUUCGAGUCUCGUGUGGCACUGGGAAGCCACGCACAUAUCUCCCGUUGUUUAUGUGGUAUCGGUACGAGACGGCGAGGAAUCAUGGGUGUGGCACGAUGUGGUUUCUACAGAAAAAUUCAUUAUUGACGAGCUGCCAUCUGAGAGUGCGUUUCAGCUAAAAGUACUUCAUGUAGAGGAAGAUGGAUCUUUCGCAGGUCCAUGUAGUAGUGAAUGGGUGUCUCCUUUGAAUGCUUCUUUCAAUCCUUCUCCAGUAAUUAAUUUAACCGUUGCUAAAGAAUAUGAGUUCUCAGAGGAUUAUGUAAAUAUUAGUAUUAAAUGGGAACCCAAUGAAGAGGAUAUGACAUGUGACUACAAAGUUUUGUACUGGAAUUUGCACGGUGAAAAGCUAGAGGAAACAGACGUUCAUAUGGAAUUUUCAUAUUUACUUCCUAACUUGUAUUUCAAUAAUUCGUAUCGAGCAUACGUGAUUAGUGGAGACGAUGAAAAGAACAAUUGGGGCAAGGAGAUGGCCAUACUGUCGUUUUCAACCCCAUCUUGCCUCGAUGUUUGGAAUAACAACUUAAGCAUCUGCAAUCCACCACCACCUAAAAAGAUAAACAUACAUUUUCUAAGAGUCGAUUUGAAUAAUUUUGAUAUGAACAUCUCCUGGAUUCCUGAUAAAAUUCUUCCAGAACAGUAUGCUGUGUUCAUGUCGGAUGUUGAAAAUCCCAAACAAAGGAAUGAGCUUAAGUUUGUAAAUGGGAACUUGGAGAAAGAGACGCCAAAGGAGAAGAAUUAUGAAUCAACUUCUCUUUAUUUUGACGAUGAGUGGGAAAUCCCAGAGGAUCGUCUUCUUGUUAUUGAUGAUGCUAUUGGAAGAGGCGCCUUUGGAGUUGUACAUAAAGGUUUACUUCGUGGAAAGACGGCUCUAGAACCAUCACAAAAUGUAGCUGUUAAAAUGCUGAGAGAUUAUUCAAAUUUAGAAGAUGUACGACAGUUUCAACAAGAAAUAAAUAUGAUGAAAUCUAUUGGAACACAUUCUCAUAUUGUGUCUAUAAUUGGAUGCUGUACUCGCUCGAAACAACCAAAACUUGUUAUUGAAUACUGUGCUCUCGGCGCUCUACUUGACUAUUUGCAAAAGUAUAAACACCUGGAUGAUUGUGAUGAUGCUGAGCAGACUACCAAUCAGUCUCCAGACAAACCCACUGAAAGGAUAAAAUAUGCUGAACUAAUGCCUGCUGAAAGAAGUUGUGACCCAGAAUACGAACAACAAAUGCAGACUGGAGUGGCUGUGAAUCAAAUAUACUUUGAAAACUGUGAGGAAAAAAAACAAAAAAAGAAGGGUUUGCAACCUGUGGACUUGCUUUCUUUUGCUCGACAAAUAGCAAUGGGCAUGGAAUUUUUGGCCAGUAACCGUAUAGUACAUAGGGAUCUUGCAGCAAGAAAUGUAUUAGUAUGUGCUGACAAAACUAUGAAGAUUUCAGAUUUUGGCUUAAGUAAAGAUGUUUAUGAACGAAAUGUGUAUCACAUGAAACGAGAUAGCAAACUCCCAAUGAAAUGGACGGCAAUUGAAUCUCUAAUGUUUUCAAAGUAUACUACUCAAAGUGAUGUAUGGGCAUUUGGAGUCCUGCUCUGGGAAAUCGUAACUUUUGGGAAAACGCCAUAUCCUGGCAUCCCUCAAGAUAGGCUUUAUCAACUUCUGAGAACAGGAUACAGGAUGGAAUGCCCUCCUAAUUGCAGUGAAGAACUGUAUUGUAUUAUGUUAUCAUGUUGGAAAGCAAAACCAAAGGAUCGGCCUACAUUUACUGAACUUCGUAAUAAACUUGACAGUCUCUUGGAAACUACAUCUCCUCAACAAUAUCUAAAUUUAAACAUAACAAAUGCUCAAAGUUCUGAGAUGUUGUCUGCUGAGGAUCAAUCAUUAAGUUAACAACAAUGGUAGGUAUCAAUUUUACAAGCGUUUUGAUAAUCGCUUUAAAAAAGGAAAAGAAAAAAUAGUUCAAUUUUAUUUGGAACGUAGAUCCUACUUCACUAAAAUAGGUUUCAUAGCAGCUUGCAAUUCAAUAACAACAACAACAACAACAACAACAGCAAAAGUCACUUAGGCACACUAUUUUGAUACUCAUUUUUAAAUGUCAUGUUUAUGAAUAAUAGAUUUUAUUACCUAGCAACUAUCAGGAAACAAGAGACAUGAAACCUGUGUAGUUUUCUUUAUUAUUUAGACAUAUAGUGCUAAUUUGAUUAUUGGAAUUUGCAUAAAAGAAGAUGGAUCAUGGAUAUUGGUUGUGUUUUAAACCCUAAAAUGUGUUCAUUUUUGUGUUGUUCAUAAUAUCAUAAGUUAAAUGCAGUAAUUCACAACUUAAGAAGUUCCUUUGAUAUGGAACAGUAAGAUAUUUUUUUCAUCAAUUGAAGUUUCACAUUUCUCAGCAAGAAAGAGUAUCAUUAAGACGUUUUGAUGAACUAUCAAACUUUGGACUGAACAAGAUUCUUGAAAGCAAAGAAUAAAUGUGCUCGAGUAUGUGUAUGUGCAAAUGAUGUGUAAAUUGGUGUAUUAUUUUUAAUUCUUUGAAUUUGUAUUCUGGAACCAUGAAAAUGUACUUAAGAGAAAACUCUUUGAAUUUUAUUCAAGGGUAUAUAAUUUAUUGUUAAUUAUGGUACCUAUUGUGUAGUUUUAAUUUUAUAUCUAGAUAGGUUUUACUUAUUUUAAAGAAUAGAAACAUCAUAUUUUGUAAUAAACUAUUGACAAGUCCAAAAAAUUAAAUGUAUAGAAUUAUGAAUAGAGAGUUAAACAAAUACAAAUUUUUUUGUAACAAUCAUUUCAAAGGCUGAAGAAUAUAUCACUCUUCUUUCAUAAUUUGUCAAGAAAUGCUUGAAUGACUGAAAUAUUAUUCUGUGGGGUAUAUGAAGUUCAUUGUGAUGCUUUUUCAAUGUUUGUGAUGAUAUUUUAUAAUGUUCAAAAUGGUAGCAUGUGGUAACAUAUGUGACUUUUUAAUCAAUUUUUCCAAAGAUAACUGAAUGUUACUCUAAUGAUUCCUGAACUUGGUACAAAUUAAAUAUUUUUUAACAAAAAAUGUA